GAGAGCGAGUGCCGGGACCAGUGCGACAGGUUCUUGGCUUGGGCAAAGCAGCAGCGGCUCAGGACGAGCCGCCUGAACGACCUGGAGGUGACGCUGGUGGAGAUGCUGAAUCAGAUGUUCUACGACGGCUGGAGGUCGAACACGGCGUCCAAGAUGGCGGCGGCGGUGGCGUACUUCCGCCCAGAGGCUGGGCUGCCGCUGCCGUGGGCUGCGGCCUGCCUGGUGGCGCGGCGGCUGGCGCAGGGCGGGAGCUGGCACAUGGCCGCCGCCGUCAUCUUCGCCUUUAUCCACUACUUGAGGCCGGGCGAGCUGCUCCGUCUGCGGGAGUGCGACCUGACGGGCGCCCGCGACGAGACGGUGCUCGUCGACGACGUGGAGGAGUUCGCGUUCCUGGAGAGGCUCCUCGCCCGGCUGCGCAGCAGCGGCGGCGUGCAGCUCGUGUUCCCCUUCAGCUACCGCGAGUGGGCGAAGGGCUUCGAGGCGGCCGCGACCGCCGUGGGCCUGGUCGGGGACUCGCUGCCGGUGCUCUACAUGCUGAGGCACGGCGGCGCCUCCCACGACGCCAUGACGGGCGCGCGGGGGCUCCGCGACAUUCAGGGCCGAGGUCGGUGGAUGACCGAGCGGUCCGUAUUCAGGUACAAGAAAGGAGGGCGGGCCAACCAGCCACUCCACGGCCUGCCCGAGGCUGUGCGCCGCGCCGCCGACAGUGCCGUGCAGAAU